AAGUCUCGCGGUCCCGUGAUCUCGGAGGUUGGUAGAGAGUUAAUAUCGUGAUCGUAGCCACAGCAUCCUGUCGGCUCUAUUUUCAGUUAGAUCUAUUCCCACCGGAUCUAACUGUAGUUAGUAGCCACCGAUAGCUUAGCUGUGACACAAGUGUCAGAAACUAAAAGCAAAUCAUAUUUUAUUCGGUAAACGCAAGUUUUGAAAUAGUUCCAGUGAAAAUUUGAGAGGAAGCGGCCAGGACGGGGAAGGAAGAAAUGGUGCAUGUACGUUUGGCCUGUGUUCAAACUUCAGCUAAGUGCCGCACGCACUGGAGUCCAUGAAGACAAGGCAGUGAACAGGUGUGGCCCGCCAUUCGUCCUGCAAACGCCAGUCCCUUCAGAUAGAUUACGGUUGGAGGCUAUCCAAUUGAUGCAACACUAAUUGUCACUGAUUGCUCGUCAUCACAGAAAGACGGUCUGGCAUGCACAAAGCUGUGUCAUGAGAUCAGGUGUCCGUCCUGAGACAGGAGGUUUGUGAUUAACGAGCGAGCAUUUUGGCAUCCAUCCCAUCCCUCAGCCAGAUUCUCGAUAAAGAACCCAGAGGUGAAAAUGGCGCCAUCGUCUGCCCACAGCAACGAGAGCGAUGUACACUCCAGGGAGGAGGGCGACGAGGGUUCGGUGACCUGCAACAAGAUUAAGCACGUACUGUGCGUGGUUCUCCUCGCUGCCAUAAUAUAUAUCAAUAUAUCUGCCUUGACUUACAGCUCACCCGACGCCGCCUCCUUCAACGUGGAGGAGCAUCUCUGGCAGGUGGUGGUCGUGCACUUCAUUCGCCUGCUGGUUCUCUUCACCGUGCCCUUCAGCCUGUUUAACUUCUUCGGCAUCGUCGGCUUGAACACUUUCCCACGCCGGCCGCGCCUGCAGCGCUCGCCGCUCCUAGCACCUUUCUUGUGCUUCAGGGUGGUGACGCGCGGCCUCUUUCCCAAGCUGGUCCACGAAAACAUCCAGCGCAACCUCGGCGUGUGCAGCCACCUGGAGCUGCAGAACUUCAUCUUCGAGGUCGUGACCGACGAGCCCCUGCAGUUGCCCAGGAGCAGCCGCGUGCGGGAAGUGGUGGUGCCGCGCGACUACCGCACACGACACGGUUCGCUCUUUAAGGCGCCCCUGCAGUACAGUCUGGAGCCCGAGGUGGACAUUCUGGCCGAGGACGACUGGAUCGUACACCUCGACGAGGAGACGGUACUGACGGAGGAAGCCCUGGUGGGCAUCAUUAACUUUGUGGCCGAAGGCCGGCAUGACUUCGGACAGGGCGUCAUCACCUACAGCAAGGACCACAUCGUCAACUGGGUAACGACGCUGGCCGACAGCGUGCGGGUGGGCGUGGACUACGGGUCUCUGCGCUUCACGCUGAAGGUCCUGCACCGGCCCAUCUUCAGCUGGAAGGGAUCUUUCAUUGUAGCCAACUCCGCUGCCGAGAAGAGAGUCUCCUUUGACCAUGGGCCAGAGUCUUCCAUCGCCGAGGACUGCUUCUUCGCCAUGGUCGCCUUCAAGCUGGGAUACAGUUUCGGCUUUGUGGACGGGGAGAUGCUGGAGAAGAGCACCUUCACCUUCCGGGACUACGUGCAUCAGCGCAAGCGCUGGAUGCAGGGUAUCUACCUGACGGCCCUCAGUUGCCAGCUGCCCCUGCGGUACAAGCUGGGGCCCGUGCUCAUGACGGUGUGCAGCCUGUGCCUGCCGCUGACUACCCUCAACAUGCUGCUGACCAUCCUGUACCCGGUGCCCGUGUGGCUUUGGCUCAACUGCAGCGUGGGCUUCUGCUCCAGCAUGAUCGUUUUUCUCUUUGUGCUGGGCACGAUGAAGUCUUUCAGCAUCCGUCGCUAUGGCGUUCUCCGCUGUUCACUCUUCGUGCUGUCCACCUUGGCCUGCUCUAUUUUAAUCAUUGUCUUCGAGAAUGUGGCCUCCAUUUUGGCCUUCUGGACGCCUUCGAAACACGAGUUCUACGUUGUGAAGAAGGAGGUUCGCAGUAGGGAUAUCGUCCUGUAGAAAAAGCAAGGAGGCUGCUCAUGGAGUAAAGCGAGGGCAGCGGUUUACAAUUAUAAACACGAAGAUAUUUAAUACUGAAGUAAACUGGGUUCACAUUAAAAUUGUUUUGAUAGGUGGAUGAGUACUGUUUAAUGAAAAACUUUCUGCUGGAGGGAGUCGCCCUGCUAAGACAGUCGACCGGUUUUUAUGUCUUCCGUGAAUAAAAACCCGUCUAUUCUUA